UAUAAGUACGGACGUCGGGUGCCUGUGCAGUUCAUUGCAGAGUUUUCCACUGCUUGGAGAUAAUUUUCGCAAUUAAAAAAAAAACAACUAAAACAUGAAGAUCUGUUUGGUACUUUUGGCGGUUCUGGGGUCGACUAUCGCAGCGCCCUAUAUGACCAUCCACCAGGAGCUUAUGGACUUUCUCACGGCUCUGCCUAUAGAUAAAAUCAAGGAUGUGCACUUCGAUCAUCUGAAGACGGAUCCAGGUUACAAAGCUGCUUUGAAGUACUUCCAAAGCACCGAAUGGAGGACGAUGCAUAAGGCUUUGAAGUCUAGGCAAUCGGUAAAGACUAUCCUGAAAAUCGUCAAGGAAGCCGGACUCGACUGUGAGGUUUGGGAGAAGAUCGCUUGGAACUAUAUAGCAGGUUUGAACAUCGACGUCGCCGAUGAUGAGAGGAGGAGUAUGGGGAGCGUGAUCUCCGAGGUGGACAGCUUGAUUCCCUACGAGAAGUUGAUGGAUAUGUUCGCUGAUAAAUUGGAUAACAGCCCGGUGUUCAGGAAAUUCUACGACGCCAUCUCCAGCGACACCGUCUACAAUUUGAUGGAGAAGAUGAUGGUUUCCAGUGAACACAAGAAGAUGUACCACGAGUUGUUGUCCAUGGACGUACCGAUGGACGACAUCAAGGACGCCAUCUACGUCAUCAUGGGAUGGAAAUCGUCGACUUCGAUGAUCAACGAUUUGCCGGAGUAAACAGCUCUCUUUAUUCAUUUAACAUGUUUGUCCAUUAAACAUCGAUCAAAAUAAAGUGUAUGGCAAGUCACCACACAAAAAUAUAUU